UAUAUACUUUAAAGUUACCUUGUUGAAUUAAUAUUGUAAAGUCCUAGCGCUAGCUAGCUAGCUCACGUAUAUCUUGUGCUUCACUAACCUUUCCUUUGCACCUAUAGCUAGCUAGAUUCAACCACACAUAACAUAAACACACAAAUUACACAUAUAUAUUCGAUCAUUAUAAAAAAGAGCUAUAGUAUAGCUAAGGGAGAUAUUAUUAAUUAGUUAUACACAUGAAGUUUUUCUUCUCGGAGCUUGGUUUCUGUUUUGGUGGGACUGUAAUCACUCCCGCCUUAGAAACCGUCUCCAGUACUAACGUUGUCCCAAACACUACUCGUAGACGUUCAAAACUAGGUAGUUCUGGCGGGAAACAUUGGAGACCCGAGCUAUCGGUCAUUUCAGAAGACGGCGGGACGACACCAUUGAACGUGUGUCGGCAGGCGCCUCAUGAAUCUGCUGUUAGCGUUGUGAGAUCCCAUAAGAAACCUUUGAACAAAGCUAGAUCAGCUGGAAAAACUCGAUCUCAUUCAUAUGGUGGUGAUUACAGGAAAUUCAGCCAUGCGAUGCCGAUGCCAGCUUUUUCUCCAACGCCUUUUGUGUUUUAGCUUCGAUUAUCGGAUCUCUCUUUUCAUUCUCGUUUGGUUCGGGGUGUUUAUAUAUAUAUAUAAUGAAAUGAAAUUAAAUGAAAUUUGUGAAUAA